AUCUCGGGAAUCGCUCCGGGAAACUCGAACGAUGGAUAGCAACUUCAGCUAUUAUGGACGGGACAUGCAGGAUUCGGUGUCCCGUCUCCAGAAGAAAUACUGGUCGACGAAACAGAUCCUCAUCAAAAAACUUGGACGCAAAGAAGACGAUAGCUUGAUAGCAUCUGAUGCCGAGCUGGACGCAAAACUCGAAUUGUUCGCGGCGAUCUACCACUCGUGCGUAGCGCUGGAGAGAAUUCUCGAAAACUAUCAGGACCGUCUAUCGAUCCUGAGCCAGGAGGAAAAUACCAUGGGUAGGUUUCUUAAAGAGUGUGGAAAGCAAGACAAGACCAGGGCUGGCAAAAUGAUGACCGCCACCGGCAAAUCUCUCGCCUUCACGGCCCAGCAGAGACUCACCCUUCGGAAUCCUCUGGUACGGCUUUAUCAAGAAGUAGAAACCUAUCUGAAUCGAGCCAUAGCCGACACUGAAGAAACCGUGAACAAAAUGGAAAAGUCGCGGACAGAUUAUCGAGGCGCCCUCCUCUGGAUGAAAGAGGUUUCGGAAAAGCUAGAUCCGGACACCUAUCGACAGCUGGAGAAAUACCGGAAGGUCCAGGGUCAUGUGAAGAAGACGAAAAUGAGCUUCGAGAAGCUCAAAGUCGACACACUGCAAAAAGUCGACCUCCUGUCCGCAUCUAGAUGCAACAUGUUCUCACACGCGCUCGCAGCGUAUCAGCAAGCUCUUUUGGCUUUUUGGGAGAAAACCGCUCAGGCACUGGCGGAUGUUUCGGAUAGCUUCAAAGGUUAUCAGCACUAUGAGUUCACGGUCGUCAAGGAACUCGCCGAACCGAGUCGGAAACUGGCGAACGAAGCCGGCAACAUGACGGAACCGGAUUCGCCGUCGAAGAAAGCCAUGGCCGACGGGGACAAAGAUCGCGCAAUGUUCUAUAAACCCGAGUUCAAAGAUUCCCCCGAGCACACAGCGGCGACUGGAGCCGAAGACAAGAAAGUCAGGGAAGCGGGGACCACGGCCCGAACAGAGCCCGCCACGGAAGCGUCUUCUUUCUUCUUGGACGAUGACGAACCCCUCCUGUCCCUGACCGCUGACGAAGGAAAACAAAAAGUCGAUCUGGAUUCCAUGCUCGACGACCUGUUCAGUCCGACGAGCGCACAGAACGCUCCACUAGGGAGCUUCGCCAAAGAAUGGGAAAACACUUUCGGCAACCAAGAGAUCCUAAAGCCGAACGCGGCCAGUACAGAGUCGCCUGGAGACGCAGAUCUCCUGCUCGGGGGAGCUUUCCAAGAUAUCAAUCUAUUGGAUGAGCUCGGGAACGGCGGAAAAAAAGAGGCUGGGGCGAGCUCGAGAGACGAGAAACUCAUCCUGCCCUCUCAACUACUUAACCAACAGCUGAGCGCUUUGAAUGCCUUCGGCGGAAUCGAAAAGGCGGCCCAGCCAGCGCUGACUCCGACCCCGCCUCCCUCGAAUGUAUUCUCCAUGUUCCAGGAAAAACCGUCGAACACCGGCCCGGGUAGGAAGAGGUCAGCGGGCAAACAGGAUUCUUCUGCCUGGCUCGGACUGUUCGCAGACCUGGAUCCAAUCGCCAAUCCAGAUGCCAUCGGUGCCAAAAAGCCACAAGAGGAGCGGAAUUGCUAAGCGCGCGUUCAUUGAUUUGCCCCACACAAAUUCAAGAAAUCAACUCGUUCACCACGAAUAAACAAGCGCCCGCCUCGGAUGAAGGGGUGUGGAGCGA